AAUAAAUGUAAACAAACAGAGUUACUUCCCUUAGAUAGACACUAGUUUGCUGAAAGUUGAUAGUGAAGUUUGGACGCUUUUUGAGAAGUUAAAGAAUUAACAGGAAAUGAUCUGAAAAUACAUAUAUCACACAAAUAUGAAUGGUGCUGAAAAUGUUUGUGGUGCCUCGGGGGAGCACAAAGUGCAUUUUGAGGCAGUUGAGGUUCAAGCGCAUGAUUCAGAUAUUGGCUUAAAGUAUACAGAUAGCCGUAUUGAUGUCCAUUUAGGCUUCCUGCAAAUUAACAGACAUUAUGAAGUGACCUUUACAGUCCAAGAUGACCUUGGCAAUGACCUUAUAUUUGACCCAUUACAGAAUCUCCAUGCAAAAAUCACAAGUUAUGAACCUACAGAAGAUGGGUGUGGACACAUAUUGGAGCUUGAGUUCCAUGCUCACAGGGAGAAGUUGCUACAAGAAAGGAUAACCAUAAAAUCUGACACCAGUGCUGAUAAAUACAGGGAUAUUGUUCUCCAUGCUAGAGUCUUAGGUAAAGGUAAAGGUACACCCUCUCUCAGGAAUGGUAUCAAAUGUUUACAGGUAGAUGAUGAUAACGACUCUGAUGUCACAGACUGGCAGGGCUUUGACUGAUAAACUCUCAUCACCUUAAAAUUAUUGCAUAAUACUUUCCCCAAGUUUAUAAAACUUGUGCUGCUUUAAUUUUAUCAGUGAUGGGAUUUAACAUAAUUAGAUACUUAAGUUUUUGUUUUUAAGGCAGGCAGUGGUUUUAGAACAAAACAUGUUUGAUCAUUUUGCAGAUUAAUGAUAUGUGGUAUCAGACUUACUGUUCGAAUAGAAGGUAAUAAUCUUAUUUGGUAACUUUUCAUACAUAGCUGACUCUGAUGAAAUGUUUGGUUAUUUAAUCAAAUGACACUCCUACGGAAAAAUAUUAUUGGAAGAAAACAGACAUUACAAAAUUGGAAAAAGAGAUAGAAGUGGUGAUUGCUGAUCCUACACAACUUGUUAGAAUUUUGCGAAAUUUGCAUUUAGUAUAUUUGAAAAUUAUUCCAUACAUUUUUCUGUUUGAUGAAAUACUUAAACAUUUUAUUGCCACAGGGUUUCUUUGGUUCCAAUGGUAUACACACACUAAAUAUGAAAAAGAAGACUAAAAUAAAAAUUACGGGUUUUCCAUCACUUAUAUCUUAGCAAGCUAUGCCAUAUCCAGGCUUUAUUCUUGUUAUCCUGAACAAUGAAGUCAAAUUAUAUCUUCCAGUUCAUCAAACAUGCAUUUCAACCUUAUAUGUCGAAAGGUCAGAAAUUUGAAUUGAAUUUUAAACUUUUGAUCCAAAAAGAAAUGUAACACCUGUAAUUGUAUGUUUUAUGUUGUAAAUUUCUAUGCAUUAAAAUGCAAUUAUA